AUGCUGCAGCGGGGCGCGACCCAUUUGCCUGAGCAUUUGACCACUCCACCCGAAUACAAACUCUCGCAGACGCUGACGGGUUUCCUGCCCCGAGAAUUCUGUCAUCCUCCGGGCAGGCGAAACCUAAUAAUCCCUUUCGGCCACCAUUUGAUAUGGUUCAAUCCAUCGCUGCCUACUCACGACCUACUUCCGGAUGGAACAGACGCAUCCCAGUCACCAGGCGGUCCUUGGGUACGGCGCAUGUGGGCAGGAGGCUCAAUGCAAGCAAAGCCAGACGUUUAUUUUGAUAAGUUUCGGGGCUUCGCCGUAGACACGCCCAUGGCUGGUGUCGAGCAUAUCAAGCAUGUUCGACUGCACGGGCAAGGCGAUACUGCCAAGAUCUUCGUCACCAUUGAGCGCCGCUUUGCAAGAAUAGACGCCCUACAAGAAAGCUACAGAGCGCUCCACGGAUCGUUGGGCAGGGCCACUGGGUUGCGAAAAAUUCAAAGUUACUUCGAGGACCAACUACGCGGUGACGACGCCUGGGGCAAUGCCGUUCUCAAAGAAGAGCGCAACCUGGUCUUCUUCAAGGAACGCAGUGUUGCAGAACUCGACGCUAUCAAGUCUAGCCAGAUGGCCUCUAUUAAAUAUCUAGAUCCUCCUGGUGAUCCUCUCUUCUCUCAUUCCCUCAUUCCCAAUCGUGCCCUUCUGUUCCGUUUCUCUGCUCUCACUUUCAAUGCUCAUCUCAUUCACCUCGACCCCGACUACGCUCGUAAUGUUGAAGGUCACCGCAACCUCCUGGUUCAUGGGCCCCUCUCCCUGACACUCAUGCUGCAGCUCAUGAACAAUCAUCUGGAAACUCAUACCAAGGGAAAGCAGGUCGUGGAGUCUAUUGAGUAUCGGAAUCUUGCGCCACUGUAUUGUGACGAGGAAAUGCGCAUUUGCGGAAUGGAGAAAAAGACACUGCAAAAUGGAAGCAUAUACGACUUAUGGAUCGAAGGCCCCACAGGUGGCGUUGCUGUAAAAGGUACUGUCUACACGACAGUUCGGACACCUACUUCGGCUCCUGCGCCUACAAAUGCAUCUGGCGGGACCUCAAGAUCGAGGGAGACACGACAACGUGACCGCACAAGUGGUACACGAGCGAGACUGAAUAACCAAAAUGACGGAGAAAAACCUGCUUGGCGGCAGCUGAAUCUAAGAACUGAAAAAGCGAAGCCAACCAGAAGCGGCGAAGCAACUGGAUCAGCGGCAACCCCGAGCCUCAAUGCAAUUUCAGUGUCUGAACCUUCAGCUCAGCCCGAAGGUGAGAAACCAAUUGAACCUUUGUCUAAUGAAACAACUCCUCAACCACCCUUCAGAGAAGUAACUGCAUCUUUGAUGCGCGUACCUGGCCGAGUGUCUCAUCGUAGGCCUACUCGCCUCAGAAGCCAUCAAUUCAUCUCUCCUCCCACCAAAGCUGCAACACCUAUCCGACCUGUCCAACCUUAUGUUCCGGCAAAGCCAGUCAUUUCAAGACAAACUCAGCAACUUUUGCGCCGACUCUUCCGCGAGACCACGUCUUCUGUUCGCAUGCGACCCUUGCCGCUUGCCCGCAAGUAUGCUGCAUCGCCGUAUACAGAUGAAUCGUGGAGGGUCUUGAGAGGGAGCCGAUUUUUAAGAGAAGGCGUAAGGAGGGUCGAGAGGCCAAGGAUCAGGUAUGAGGGAGAGCGUCUGGCUCGUUGGCGUUGGAGACGAUGGUUGAUGGAUCACAACUAA